CAGUGGCCGCUGUUUGUUGUGGGUGCCUCCUUGCCUUGGUGGGUGCGGGUGGCAGUGGCAGCAACGGGGUCACCAAGGAGUAAUGGGGCAUAUUCAUCAGUCACCUGUUGCACACACAGGUGGAGUAAGUCACCGUUAAACAACCCAUGCCACCUUGGCCCGUGUAAAUGCUGAUAAAGACCUUCUUCUUGGGUGUUUUAAGGGGUUAGUUAGGCUGUGUCAUCAAGACCUUUUGACACCUGUGCGUGAUAAGCGGCACCCUUGUUGGACUUUGGAGUGUGUGAGCCGCCGAGGACACCUUGGCCCCGUCCUCCCCAGUCCUCCCCAGCAUGGCAGGCGGCGGCCUCUCGUCCCUCGUCACCAUGACGGCCAAACACCUCGGCUCAGGGUCAGUUUGCCCACCUCUAGCUGAUGGUUUGCUGCGCUGCUAUAGCAUGAAGUAUUGUCCCUAUGCUCAACGUGCUCAUCUGGUGCUGGCUGCUAAGAAAGUAAAACAUGAUGUUGUGUGGGUAAAUUUGAAGAAUAAACCCAGUUGGUUGUUCGAGAAGAAUCCCCUUGGAAAAGUUCCAAUUCUGGAGCAAAAUGGCAAGCUGAUGUUUGAGUCACUAGCGGUGUGUGACUAUUUGGAUGAAAUGUACCCCAACCCCCCCCUCCACCCAUCAGACCCUUGGGAGAAGGGAGUGGACAAAAUGUUUGUGGAAGUUUUUACAAAGGUGUCUGGGCCAAUGUUAAAAAUAUUUUUUAACAUGGGAAAUGGAGAAGUUCAGGCAAAGUCUUGUGAAGACAUGAAAGUGGGAAUGGAUAUCUUUGAGGCAGAGCAUAUGAAGAGGGGCACCAAAUAUUUUGGUGGAAAUACACCUGGAAUGCUGGACUACAUGAUAUGGCCCUGGGCUGAGAGGUUAGAGUUGGUGCAGAUGAUCAUGGGUGAAGACUCUGCCCUUUCUCCACAACGUUUUCCCAGAAUGAUACAGUGGAAAAAAGAUAUGCUCAUUGAUGAUGCAGUUAUUGCCACUUACCUACCACCAGAGACACAUGCAAACUUUUUUACAACAUUUGAAACUGAUCCCUACAACCUGAGAGCCAAGUUAUGAAGAUUUCCUGAGGAUACUAUUUGAAAAAAAAAAAAAAAAAAAAAAAGCCUGCACAAAACAUACUAUGAAUGGCCAGGUCCUUCAGGUGAGUGAGAUCAAAGGUGGGUAGAAAAUGGACACUAGAUAUGAAGGACUUGGUAAUGCAAUCCGCAAAGUACAUUUAUUGCCAAAAUAUGUUUUUGUAUAUCAUUUUCUUACUCCACUAGUUAUCUAACUAUGGAGCUGGUUGAGGGAUGAAUGUGCCAGAAUUCAUAAGGUAGAAAUUCCCAGUUCCUUACUUUGAAUUUUUGUUCUAUGUCAUGAGAGCAUAGAGGGUGAUGAUCUUUCAUGUGUAUUUGACACUCUUUGUAACAUAUUGCCUCAAUUGACAAGUCCUUCAGCUUCAAUGUAAGCCCAAACUCAGCAUAAUAAGUUGAAAUGUUGAGCAAGAAAUAGCAUUUUGAAAGACACAGAACUCGUUUGUUUAUUAUUCAUUAUAGGUAUUCUCUUUGUGUAGUGCCAGUAGACUAGCACCUCUUGAAAAAAAACGCACCAAGACUUUUACCUCAAAUCAAGGUGGUGUGGAAAUAAAGUCAACACACGAACACACACACAGUACCAUACACCCCGUUAUACAGUGUCUCCGCCAUACGAAGACACACAUAUACGGUUGAGAGGGCUGAUCCUCGAUGAUGUAUGGUUGAAUGUCCGCAGUAAGGCUUAUAUGUGAUGAUUUCUAUACACAAGUAAAUAUACGUAAUGAAAAAUG